UAAUCAUCACAAAAAAGAUGGCGCGCUCCAUGAAAAGCGUCUGCUUCAACUGGUUAAAGAAUAGAAAUAAUUUAUCAGCAGUUAAUUCUUGUUGCAAGCACAAUCAUCGACGGUAUUCCUCAAGUUUAUCCAGUUACAUAGAUCGAAGCCAUACAUGUGGAGAAUUAAGACUGUGUGAUGUUGGAGAACAGGUCACAUUAUAUGGUUGGGUUCAGUAUCAGCGCUAUGGCAAAUUCCUUCUACUGCGAGACUGGCAUGGUUCAAUACAGAUCACUAUCAAUGAUCAGGAUGAUAACGAUGUUGACAAGCUACCAUUUGAAAGUGUUUUAGAGAUAAAAGGCAAAGUUAUAGCUAGACCUAAAGGUCAAGAAAACAAGAAAAUGCCAACUGGAGAUAUUGAGGUCCAAGUUAAAAAUAUUAAUAUUUUAAAUCAAUGUAAAACAAACUUACCAUUUGAAAUACGAGAUUUUCAUAAGGUAAAAGAAUCACUUCGAAUGGAAUAUAGAUAUCUGGAUAUACGGCAGAAAAUGUUACAACAAAAUUUAAGGUUACGUUCACAAAUGGUAAUGAAAAUCAGAAAUUUUUUGUGCAAUAAACAUGGCUUCGUAGAUGUUGAAACACCAACAUUAUUUCGUAAAACACCUGGGGGUGCUCAAGAAUUUAUUGUUCCCACACAGAAAUCUGGUAAAUUUUAUACACUACCACAAAGUCCUCAGCAGUUUAAACAAUUAUUAAUGGUGGGUGGUAUAGAUAGAUAUGUACAGAUAGCUAGAUGUUAUCGGGAUGAAGGGGCUAAACCAGAUAGACAGCCAGAAUUUACACAGGUUGAUAUAGAAAUGUCAUUUGUAAAUCAAGAUAAUAUAAUGAAGCUUAUAGAAGAUCUGAUUGUUGACUGUUGGCCAUUACAACAGUUAACCACACCCUUCCCACGAUACACAUAUCAUCAUGUCAUGUCCUUAUAUGGUGUUGAUAAACCAGACACAAGGUUUGAAAUGACGAUAAAAAAUGUGACAGAUAUAUUACAAGAUAGAGUUGAAAUUUUUAAGAAACUACCAUCAAAUAACAGCAAUACAAUACAAGCUAUUAAACUUUCUAAUACUAGUAGUUUAUUAUCCAAUACAGAAUUAAAAUAUAUUACAGAGUUUUGUCAAGAACAAAGCUAUAAACUACCUGUGUUGCAGUUUAGAUAUAGUAAAGAUGGUACAUGGUCUAGUAAUAUAUAUAAACUUAUUAACAAUGAUUCUAUACAACAACUACAAACAUCAUUACAAGUUGAAACUGGUGAUAUCAUAUUAUUAACAUGUGGUUCAAAUUAUCAACCUCAUACAGUUUUAGGUAAAAUUAGACUAAUGAUAGCUGAUAAACUAGAAUCAAAAGGUAUACCAGUUAGAGAAAAAGACAAAUUUAAUUUUUUAUGGGUUUAUGAAUUCCCUCUAUUUUUACCUAAAGAAGAUGGAUCAGGUGAUUUAGAAUCAGCUCAUCAUCCAUUUACAGCACUUGACCCUAGAGAUAAACAUUUACUCAGUACACAGCCAUUACAAGUAAGAAGUGAACAUUAUGAUUUAGUAUUAAAUGGUAAUGAGAUAGGAGGUGGUUCAAUACGUAUACAUCAAGCUGACCUACAGAAAUGUAUUUUACAUGAUAUUUUAAAGGAAGAUACAAGUCAGUUGAACCAUUUAUUAGAGGCGUUGGAUUCAGGAUGUCCACCUCAUGGUGGUAUAGCACUAGGCUUAGAUCGGCUAAUGGCUGUAGUUUGUAACGCAAGCAGUAUCCGUGAUGUCAUAGCUUUCCCGAAAUCCGGAGAAGGAAAAGAUUUAAUGAGCGGAGCACCAUCAAAAAUAUCCCAGGAGGAUUUAGAUUUAUAUCAUAUUACAAUCAAAGAUAGUUAACGUUGAAAUAUACUUACUAGAAUCAAAAACUAUUUGUUAGUUUACAAUUAUAAAGAGAAAAUUUACUUUACAAAAUCAAUUUGUCUAAUGUAUAUUUUGUAAUAAAUUAUUCAAAACUUA